AUGACUGUUGGUAUAACAAUAGCCGUGCUUCUCAAUAACACACCGGAAACUAGCGAGUGGGAAUGGAAAUGCUCGAGAUCCAGGGAUAGCUAUAACUCCACCAUACAGAACGACGAGAAAUCGCACAAUGAGGGUAGUUCCGGUCCUGAGGAUCAGAACACAAAAAUCAAACUCGAGGAUACCGAACCGGUAUUUAAGCUCGAGGAUAGCAAAACUUGGUUCGCUCCGGCUGGCGUCCCGAGUCUAAAACUCUUGUGGCGAAGUCCCUUGGAUUCGCCGCGACAGCGAACGAUAAAAGCGGAGUCGCAAUCCCCAGAGCUGCUGGAUCGAGACGAUCGCCCAUGCUCGUUGGACUCUAGCGCCCAAACUCCUGAAGUUAGUGCCGAGCGCUGGAUCAAGUCUGAUCCUGAUCUUGAAGUCGAUAGCCCCAUUAUUAGCGACAGGCAGGAAAUUAAAGAAGAUAUCGAAGAAGGGAGCCAGAAUCGGCUGGCUAUUCCAGAACCUUCUAGCUCGCGCUCCAGUUCGAGGUAUAUAUCCACAUCGGGCAGCCCCACUCCACCCGCGCCAAAAGCCCCGGGACGCCGCCCUCAUCAUCGCCGAAAAUCUUGGCCUUGCCAAGUGUACCAGUGCAAAGGAAUCUUCACAAAUAAAAGGCUCUACGAGCGACAUUUGAGUAGAGACCAUAGAUACAAAUCGACAGAGUGCGCGAUUUGCGGGAAGACCCUUGGCAGGAAAGAUUACAUGACAGACCAUAUCCGAAGCAAAAGACAUAAAAAGGCUUUGGAUGAGCAAAAGAAACUGAGAAAAGAAGCAUAA